CCAGUUUUUUGGUGUAGGAGGUUGAUGAUUGGAAUAGCAUUGAUCCGGUUGAGCCAUUUGGCUACAAAAUUGGGUUGUUUCCAUGAGAUCGUCACUAUGACCUAGGGAGUAGUACUAACGGUGAUGAUUACAUGCUGGUUUUUGACUCUUUCUUUCUUCAAAAUCAUUUUAAAAUAAAUAAAUAAAAAUAAUAUGUUUGAUGUUUCCUUAACUUCUCCGUAACCCAUGAAUGGAUCAUUUAAAAUUUGCAUCCAAGAGAACCCUCACCUGCCUAUCCUUCUAAAAACUUGGAAGGUGAUAAAUUAUUAAUACGCUAGGUGGCAUACGACAAUUGGAUCAUAAUCAAUUUAUUGAUUUCUUAAAAAUAACUAAAAAAUCUAUCUAGAGAUGCAGGACUCUCAUCUUACCAUAUCUCGUAGCUCCAUUUGUUGCAUACCCAUCAACCACCAGUUAUUAUUUUCUCGUUUAUGUGUUGUUGUAUUCUUCUUUCCACUGUAUUGCCAUCAUUUUAAUGAAGAGUUUAUAUUAACUUCUCGUUAGAGUUAAACCUUUAUUUGUUUUUGCUUGUUAUGGGUUCAGUUGAAUCCUUGUUGGAGAAUAAUGCAAGAAAGUUCAUCAAGAGAAAAGAUAGCGAUGCUGAAGAAGCAGGUCGAGCAUUGGAAGAACUCAGGAGUUCUCUUUACAACGAUUUUCGAACUUCAGAAGGAGCCAAGCGGCAACAGCAACGAUUUUGUGGGCCGGUUGUGGCUAUGACCUUCAAUUUCCUGGUGGCUGUGGGGGUUAUUAUGACAAACAAAUUAGUCAUGGGAAAAAUUGGCUUUAACUUCCCAAUCUUUCUCACUUUGAUCCAUUAUACCACAGCAUGGAUUCUGCUUGCCAUUUUUAAGACAUUGUCACUGCUUCCAGUCUCCCCUCCCUCUAUAAGUACUCCUUUCACUUCACUCUUCUCUUUGGGAGUUGUUAUGUCUUUCGCCUCUGGCCUUGCCAAUGCCAGCCUUAAACAUAACAGUGUUGGUUUCUAUCAAAUGGCUAAAAUUGCAGUCACUCCUACAAUUGUUCUUGCAGAGUUUGUCCUGCUCAGGAAAGCAAUUUCAUAUAGAAAGGUUUUGUCUCUAGUUAUUGUUUCAGUAGGUGUGGCGAUUGCAACAGUAACAGAUUUACAAUUCAACUUCCUUGGCGCUUGCAUUGCAAUUGCCUGGAUAAUUCCAAGCGCUACAAACAAAAUUCUUUGGUCGAAUCUGCAACAACAAGCUAAUUGGACUGCUCUUGCGUUGAUGUGGAAGACUACACCAGUAACAAUACUGUUUUUAUUAGCCUUGAUGCCAUGGCUGGAUCCACCAGGGGCGUUAUUGUUCAAGUGGACUGUACACAACUCAUCUGCAAUUUUCAUAUCAGCUCUUUUGGGAUUUCUCCUACAAUGGUCUGGUGCUUUGGCUCUUGGGGCCACAUCUGCAACCUCUCACGUGGUUUUAGGACAAUUUAAGACUUGUGUGAUUUUAUUGGGUGGAUAUCUGAUUUUCAGUUCAGAUCCUGGAAUUGUGAGCAUUGGUGGAGCUAUCAUAGCCCUAUGUGGAAUGUCAGCUUAUACAUCACUCAACUUAAAAGAGUCGCAUGAAAAUUGGACCAACCAAAUUCAGAACCAAAUCUUACCUUCAUCAAAAUCCAAAACAGAACCUAAAGCAGCUCGUGAAGAGAGCACAAACUCAGAAGUAACUAGUAGUGCAAAUAUUGCCUAGGAUGUGA